AUGACGUUAAUGGGAACGUUGCCAUGACAGGACAAAGUAUGAACAGGUAUAUAAAGAAGACGAGUCACUGAAUACAUCCCAGUCAUCGGCAGAGACCAUAAGACAGACAGAUCAGCCUGGAGAACACCGUGCAAUAUGACGAGUUUGCCCCGAAACCUGGGGAUCUUAUGAGUACAGUGCAUAUUGGACGGCACCUUGUAUAAUCAAGCCUUGUGCUUCGUCUCUCACAGGCUGCAUUGUGGAGCAGGACAAUGAAGUUGUUGGUCUUGGCUUUAACCGUCGCCCUGCUGUUUACAGCCGGCGAGGCGCUCGACUGCCACCGCUGUGUCCCCAAAAAGGCCGGGGGGACCUGCGAGACCACCGUGGAGACGUGUCGACCAGAGAAGGACGGCUGCGCUGCUGCCAGGUUCCUCAGAGCCCCGCAUGGCCAUUACCAGAAAUGCAUGGCCCUGUCGGACUGCGAAACGCUGAAGAUGAACGCCUUCAUCAACAUGAAGUGUUGCGGCGACGACAUGUGCAACACAUUUGAAGAUUCGGUGUGAACACUCGGAAGAACGUUGAAAUGCAACUGGAAUGAAAUUCCCCAAAAGAUUUCUGCAGGCGGCCUCUCGUGUGUGAGCCCACAUGAAAUCAAACAUUAUUAGAAAAUCAGAAAAAUGAGAAUGAAGACUAACAACGUAAACCCCAUCACCCUGACAAAUAAAGGUGUGUGAAAAAAGA